AAACAAUAAUAAUAAUUAAACCCCUCUCUGCAUUCUCUACUUGCAGAUUUACAUGUGAUGCUGUUGGGUUAGUCCUUAUUUAAGCAGCUCUUAUUCUAAUCCUCUAAACCCAUCAUCUUCCUCAUCUGCUUCAUCUCAUCUCUGCACAUCAAAAAUGGCGAAAAUUUGCUUUCUCUUGCUAACUGUUAUCUACUCUCUAUUCCUCCAUGUCCAUGGACUUACCCCUUCGAGAUGGACAAAAGCCCAUGCAACCUUUUAUGGAGAAGCCGAUGCUUCUGGAACAAUGGGUGGUGCUUGCGGAUAUGGUAACUUGUACUCCACCGGAUACGGAACAAGAACGGCGGCAUUGAGUACUGCUCUUUUCAACGACGGUGCUGCUUGCGGCCAGUGUUACAAGAUCAUAUGCGAUAUCAAGACGGACCCAAAGUGGUGCAAGAAAGGAGUGUCGGUGACAAUCACCGCCACCAACUUUUGCCCACCAAACUACGCUCAGGCCAACGACGCCGGAGGGUGGUGCAACCCACCGCUACAGCAUUUCGACAUGGCUCAACCUGCUUGGGAGAAGAUCGGGAUUUACAGAGGUGGAAUCAUCCCCGUUAUCUACCAAAGAGUACCAUGUAAGAAACACGGCGGAGUUAGAUUCGCGAUAAAUGGGAGAGACUACUUCGAGCUUGUUUUGAUAACGAAUGUCGGAAAUGCCGGAGCUAUUACGUCGGUGAAGGUGAAGGGAUCAAAAACCGGGUGGAUGCCGAUGUCGAGGAAUUGGGGAGCUAACUGGCAAUCAAAUUCGUACCUCAAUGGCCAAUCUAUGUCGUUCAUGGUCACAACCAACGAUGGUAUCACCAAAACUUUCACAAACAUUGUCCCUUCAAGCUGGACAUUUGGUCAAACUUUCUCAAGUCGUUUACAGUUCUGAAAAAAAGAGAUGAGAAGACCGUGUGCUUCAGUGUUUAUUAUGAUUUGGAAUUUUUUAAGGGGGCAGCGGCGUGCUUUCUCUUUUUAUAGAAGCAGCCCGCCGGGUUUUCUUUUUCCGGGCGUUUUCUUUUUAUAUAUUAUAUAUAAUAAGUAUAUGGAUUUGAGGAGCG